AUGGAUUUUAAGGAGAUUGAGAAAUUCAAUGAGGCUUUGUUAGCCAAGCAAGUAUGGAGAAUGUUGAAAAAUCCAGAGUCGCUAUGUCACAAAGUGUUUAAAGCUAGAUUCUUCCCCAAUUUCUCUAUUCUUGAAACUACAAGCUUGACUAAUGGCUCAUACGCGUGGAAAAGCAUUUUAAGUGCCCGAGAUGUGCUUCACUGGAGCCCUCCAUAUCAAAACCAGUACAAGGCCAACUUCAGUGGAGCAGUUUUCAAGCACACUAACUCAGCAGGCUUGGGUGUGAUCAUUCGCGACAACAAAGGUGCUGUCAUUGGUGCACUAGCAAUGCGCAUUCCACUCCCUCAAUCCGUAGCAACAAUAGAAGCACUAACUUAUAGACGUGUAGUUCAAUUUGCCAUUGAGAUUGGCCUCCAUGAUGUGAUUUUUGAAGGUGAUGCAGCGGUGGUGAUUCAAGCUAUCAAACAUGGUUCGGCAGAUCAGUCCCUAUAUGGCCACAUUGUUGGUGACAUUAUUGAUCAAUCUUCCCUUUUAUUUCAUUCAGACUUUUGUUAUGUUAAUCGUAGUUGUAACAAAGUAGCUAAUGCUUUGGCUACUAGUGUUCGUUUAGAUUUUCAGGUUUGGUUGACUAUCCUAGGGAUAUAA